ACAUUAUAUAUAGGGAAGUGAGCAAUUUUAUAUGUUUCGAGUUAGUUUCUAUUUCUAAUUUUAAUUAGACUGGUAUACAGUAAUCUGUGAUUUUAAUAAAGCUAUAGAAAACAGGAAUGGCCUUUAGUGAAGUUUGUAGAAUUUGCUUAAGCGGUAAUGUACGCUUGAUUGUACUAAAGAAAACUAGCCUCCAAAAUUUGUAUAAGACAUUGACGAACAGUUUUAUGGAUGAAAAUGAGAGGCCCAUAAUUGUCUGUUUCACCUGUCAUGCAAGACUAAUUCGUUGCAGAAGAUUACAACAACAGGCUAUUGACUCAAAUGCAGUUCUGGAGCAGUUGCUUGCAGGAGGGUCCAUGUCAAUACCAAAACAACAUGAGGCUAGAGAUGAUGAGAUUCAAUUCACACCAAUUUAUCAAAUAGAUAUCAGUCCGAUAGAAUUUGAUAUAGAAAAUGCUUCUAAGGACAAAAUUUUUAGCCUUGAAUCCGUUAAAAUCGAGGAAGAAAAUUUCGAAAAUGAGAAUUCCAAAUUUGAAGAAAAUGAGAAUCAUGAAAAAGAACCAUACAUCGUACCGACUAAUAAUUUUUCUGAACCAUCUGAGAGCAAGAUUAAAUCAAAAACUGAUUGUAACAUAAACAAUGUUAGUAAAGGAAAUCUCGAUUUAGAAAGCCUUUCAAGUAAAUCAGACCCUAAAGUGAAAAAAGAUAAUCAACCAAUUAAUAAAAAAGGAAAGCAUCCUGCAAAUAUUAUGACAAAGAAAAUUUUGAAACAAAAGAAUGUAAAUAUAUUUACAAAAAAAGCAUCAUGUAGCAAAAAAAAUUCAACAAAAGACAUUCUUGCUAAACACAUUUCAUACAGUCAUGAGACGCAAAAGACCUCAGAUACCACUGCAGGUCAGACACAAGUUGAACAAGCUCCAGUACCACAAAUAAUGGAAAUAUUUUAUUGUGAUAUUUGCGAAUUUAAAACAUCUCUAAAAUGUCGCAUUUUGACACAUCUUAAAGCGCACGUCGCUGAACAAGUGUACUGUUGUAAGAAUUGUGAUUAUAAAUGUACACUAAAAAGUAAUUUCAUACACCAUAUGAAAAUUCAUACCGGAGAAAAAUAUUUUUCGUGUAAUAUUUGCGAAUAUAAAUGUAUUCAAAAAAGUAAUUUGCAACUACAUAUGAAAAUACACACUGGAGAAGAAACUUUUUCAUGUAAUUUCUGUGAAUAUAAAUGUAUCACAAAAAGUAACUUGCUUAGGCAUAUGAGAAUACAUACUGGAGGAAAACUUUUUUCGUGUAAUAUCUGUGAUUAUAAAUGUACUAUAAAAAGUAGUUUGGAAAAACAUAUGAAAAGACAUACUGGAGAAAAGCCAUAUUCGUGUAAUAUCUGUGAAUAUAAAUGUAUUCAAAAAAGUAAUUUGCUAACACAUAUGAAAAGACACACCGGAGAAAAAGAUUUUUCGUGUAAUAUCUGCGAAUAUAAAUGUAUUCAAAAAAUUCAUUUGCUAAAUCAUAUGAAAAAACACACCUAAGCAACCUUUUCAGGUAGCCCAAGAGCUAACUGAUAAAAGAUGUAGAUUUUGUGUAAACGUGUUUUAUAUAAAUAUAAAAUUAUACGAGAUAAAAAUCCAUUUGUCAUGAAUUUCUUAUAUAACUACUAGCUCGCCGGGCAGACGUUCUUCUGCCCUUUCCAACGACCCUUCCUAUAAAACAUCCCUAAAAUCGCAAUAAACAAUUUUGGGGGUCAUUUAGCGGGAUAAAAACUAUCCUAUCUCUCAAGUUGGACCAAAAUACACACAGUGUGUAAAAUUUCAUUGAAAUCAGUUCAGUAGUUUAGGAGUCCAUCGCGGACAAACAACGAGACACGUAAUUUUUAUAUGUAAAGAUAGAACGAGUAGAAAACUUUUCUUGCCUAAUGUUCUAAUUGAAACCGUGGUUUUAUAUUUUUAUUUCUUACUAGCCCGCAACUUCGCCCGCGUGUAUUUUAUUACGAUUGGAUUUCGUGUAUUUUAAGUUUUUUGCACAUUACCCUAAUUCUUUUUCUAAAAUAAAAGUAGCCUAAGUUAAUCCUUAUAACAUCAGCUAUCUGCCAGUGAAAAUGCCGUCAAAGUUGGUUUAGCCGUUUCGGAGAUUAGCUGGAACAUACAGACGGACAAAAAUUGUGUUUCUGUUAUAAGUACUGUAUAUACUUUAAUGUGCAUUUGGUAAAAAGCUGUUAUUAUGACAUUAAUAAAUAAAUAAAUAUCAUUUUAUUGUCACAUUAAAAAAAAAUAUGUACAUACAAGCUGAGUACUUCAUCUAAAUUAAAUUUAGGUAAUCGUAGUUGACUCAGCUUAUGCUUACAUGGGACUAAGAUCCCUUGAAGUGCUGGUUUUCAAGCACUCCUACCUUCCUGAGAUGUUAAAUGGGUGUGGUGAGAAUUGCAGUUCCCCAAUCACCUCUAUCAUUCACUCAUCUAAUAUUAGAAUUUUACUAAUGGUUGUGAAAUUUUAUAAUAAUAAUUCUUGCGUGUGUGUGUGUGUUGUGUUUGUACUGUGUAUGUGUGAUUACCCUAUGCACUGUACAAGCGCACUGAAGCUGCCUUCUAGCACUCAUGUUAAGUAAGCCUUUUUUUAUUCAGGUAUGGAGUAAUGGAUACUGUUUUGGGCACAUUAAAGCAAAAAUGAACACAAGCAUUUUGCACUCUUUGUAUUGCUCUCUUUGUGUUGAAAUUUAGUCUUGGACCAAAGGCAGAACUGCAUUAAUUGAAUUUAAAUAGCACCAAAGUAUCACUUAAAAAUAUCCGUAAAUUCUACUUAAGAUAAGGUCUGAUUUUGUAGAGCGUUUUCAGCUUGAAAAAUGCUGUCCUGAUUUUAUUUUUCACAUGAUCAAUAAAUUUUUGUUUCCCAUCUAAAAUCAAGCCGAGAUUACCUGCAGAAGUAACUUGUUCCAGAACAACAUUAUUGAUUUUUACCUUUUCUCCGUAUUCUAAUACAUUUUUUUUUAUUUGGUGUUUAGUGGAAAAAAAAAUUAUUUUGAGACCAUGUGUGGAUGUAUGACCAUGUGGAGAUCAUUAAAUUAAAGCUAUCAGUAGUAUGAAAUAUGAAAAAUGGAAAAAAAGUACUGUAGUCUCAGAAGGGGUUUGAACUCUCUUCGGUGGAUUAAGUGGUGAGCACUAUGUGCACUUCACCGUUUAAGGCCGGCCACAUAUAUACGGAAUUCCGUUUCGAGAUUCCGUUUCGAUAUUCCGAUUCGGAAUCCCGAACGCAGCAAGUCCAUAUAAAAUCUAUGACCCGCCACACACGUACGGUAGUUUUCCGUUCGAUAUUUUGCGGGCAAAACGGGAUUCCGUUUGUGUGUGGCCGACCGUUCGAAAUUCCGAAACGGAAUCUCGAAACGGAAUUCCGUAUGUAUAGAGCGGGCCUAAGGCUCGCCACAUACAUACGGAAUUCCGUUUCGGGAUUCUGUUUCGAUAUUCCGAUUCGGAAUCCCGAACGCAGCAAGUCCAUAUAAAAUCUAUGACCCGCCACACACGUACGGUCGUUUUCCGUUCGACAUUUUGCGGACAAAACAGGAUUCCGUAUGUGUGUGGCCGAUCCGUUCGGAAUUCCGAAACGGAAUUCCGUAUGUAUGUGGCGAGCCUUAGUGUGGAAGGAUUAGACGAAAUAUGUAACCUUUGCUUAGUAAGCCGAUAUUAGCAGUUCGAACAAUUUUGUUUGCAUUCCACCAUCUUAAUUAAGGCUUCUUUAUAUCACAAGACAACACAAAUGUUAAUUUUAUCACAGUUUUUAGACAACCGUCAGCUUCCUAGAUAUGUAACUAUUUUCGACAGACUCGUGAUCAGUAUCUUUUACGUUUUUUGUUUAAGGACGCGUUUACAAAUAUAACUAAUAACUACCACGUAACACGUAUUGACAGGUUUUUCAUCUUCAAACGGUACUGACAUUUUUGUUGAAAACAAUAGUUUUAAAUAUUGUAAAAACAUACAUUUUUUGUUCUAUUAUCAAUAUAUAUUAAGAUUUCUGAAAAUACUGUAAGUAGGCAGACAUAUUC